UUUAUUUUGAAAAGCCAGUGGUGGGUGUGGUGAUUGUAGCUGUGGCCUCCACGGAAACAAACUUACUUUUUGCUUCCUGCAGUAACAUGGACUGGACGGAGGACAGCGAUAGCCAAAGCCACAUGGACGACAGCUGUCACCAUGGACACGCAGGUCAUUCCCACAGUCAUGGACCAAGGGCAGCAGGGUUUGGCGGGAUGGCACAUGGUUUUGUGCCUGCUUUCCACGGACAAUUCGGCAAAAGUGCAGAGCAGGCACUAGAACCCAAUCAGCAGCCAAAAAAACGGUCGCACAUGGACGACAGCAGCACCUGGGACAUAGUGAAGGCUACACAGUUUGGUAUCCUGGAGCGUUGUAAGGAGCUGGUAGAAGCAGGAUAUGAUGUCAAGCAGCCUGACAAAGAGAACGUCACUCUGCUGCACUGGGCUGCAAUCAACAACCGCUCUGAGCUGGUCAAAUAUUUCAUGUCAAACGGGGCCAUAGUUGACCAACUGGGAGGAGACUUGAGCUCUACCCCUCUUCACUGGGCCAUAAGGCAGGGCCACCUCUCCAUGGUGAUCCAGCUGAUGAGAUAUGGAGCAGAUCCAGCCAUCGCAGACGGAGAAGGUUACCGUGCUCUCCACCUUGCCAUCCUCUUCCAACACAUGGCCAUUGCAGCUUACCUUAUGGCUAAGGGACAGGAAGUCGAUGCACCAGACUGCAGUGGACAGACACCACUGAUGUUGGCAGCUCAGAAGAUUAUUGGGCCAGAACCCACAAACUUCUUAAUCAAGAAUAAUGCUUCUGUGAAUGCAGUGGACAAAGUGAACAGGAACACUCCGCUGCACUGUGCUAUACUGGCAGGAAACGUAGACUCCGCCCACAUCCUGCUGGAGGCUGGUGCUAGUGUGGAUGCAGAAAACGGCAAUGGUCACACUCCCAUCGAUCUGGCUCACCAGGUUCACAGCCCACUGCUCAUCCACAUGCUGAACCACAUCAAACAAGAGAAGAUCCGCUCUAACUCCCGCUGCCUACGGUUCCUCAGCAGAUAUCGGGGUUUUUUGCAGUUUGUGAUCUGUACUACUACGUUUGGGAGCGUGGGCGGCAUACUUGACAUGAACACGGACUCCUGGUUACUCAAAGCCAUCUUGCUAGCCUGUGUGAUCGGUGCGGUUAAUCUUUUUUCAAGGAGUUUCCCAACUGCACCUUUUAUUUCGUCUAUGCCACCUGCAGCACUCUCAGCCUCAGUCUUCUGGAUGGUGGUCACCUGGUGCCUCUGGUUCCUGCCUGAUGGCCCCAGCCCCACAGUUCAGGUUCUGUUCACUCUCACUACCACUGCUUUGCUCUACUAUUACGUGCGCGCCUGCAGGACCGACCCGGGUUUUGUCAAAGCGACUGAAGAAGAGAAAAAAAUGAAUGUGUUGGUGCUGGCAGAGGCUGGGUGUCUGGACCCCAGAAUAUUCUGCACUUCAUGCAUGAUUAAAAAGCCUGUGAGAAGUUUCCACUGCUUCCUGUGCGACGCCUGUGUGGCGAAGCAGGACCACCACUCCAUGUGGACCAACAGCUGUAUUGGUGUGAGGAAUCAUCACUUCUUUGUCCUCUUCUUGCUGUCCUUCAUGAUGCUGGGGGUGUGGAUGUUGUACGGUUGUCUUGCAUACUGGCUGAGGCACUGUGCAGUGAACUAUGAGGAGCAGGGACUGGGGGGUUUUGUUGCUGCCCUGAUCAGCUGCUCUCCCUGGGUGCUCAGCGUCUUUGUGUUGGCCUUCUAUCACACCUGCUGGUCUGUUGUGACGCUGCUGCUGCAGCUCUACCAGAUUGCGUUCCUGGGGUUGACCUCUGCAGAGAGAGUGAGCCUGACACACCAUCACAGGAAGCAACGACAAACCGCUUCCCUCCGACAGAAUCCCUACAAUUUGGGCAUCAUCAGGAACCUGGUGUCCUUCUUCCAGCUGAGAUGCUGUGGCCUCUUCAAACCAGCUGCCAUCGAUUGGACCCAGCAGUUCCCCCACGGCCGGAAUCUGCACAUGUUCGGACACCCUGACAUGGUCUGAGCUGCCGACGUGAUUUAUCAGGGUCAGAGGUCAGGUUCUACAGUGGUUCUGGAUCAAAAGCACAACCUUUAUUUAAUUAACUUUUUAUGACUCCAUGUGAAUACAGAGACCACGAUAUGUCUGCGUUUGGGAAAGCGGCGUGUAGAUAUGGUUGGAUUAUUUGUACAGACUGAUGCUAUCUUCUAAGACGUAUAAAGAAAAAUCUAAAAUUUCAAUUUGGGUGGAAUUUUAAUUGAAGUCUGCAGGCAUUUUAUACAUGUAUUUAAGGAAAAAGUCUAUUUUUUAUCUUUGCACAUGGAUACCUUUUGUUUAUUGCCUUUUAGAAAACGUGCACGUCUUUAAUAAUGAAUGACUAUUACUGUGCACGGGACACAUGGGGGUGUGGCCAAAACAAACCCUAACACCAUUUUGGUGAGGCACAUAAUGUUGAGGUUUAAUCCUGUAAAGUCUGGGAUUUGUUUGUUUUCCCUCCUUCUUCUUUUUGCUUUCUCUUUGAUUUCUUUUCACUUUGAAUUCAACAAAAUAAAGUAAAAAUUUUGUAACCAAGGAACUUUUACUAAUUAAGUUUCAAAUUGGACGUUCAGUUUUGCUGGAAGUUAUAAAGUGUUUUCUGAUGAUGUAAACACCGAAGUGUCCUAGGCCCCCCCCCCCCGUCCAGGUUUAUACUGAUGCUUCAUCUGUAUUUUCAGAAGGUUUCUGGAUGUUCCAGCAAGAUUAAUAUCAGAAUAAAUAAAAGCAAGAACCCUGUUCA